GAAAUUAAUAAAAUUGAUCAGUACUCGUAUGCGUAUCUUCCCGAAUUUCCUUUUUUUACUGUUGAAGUAUAAAUAUGAAAAGAAUACACUCUGUGAGAAGCGAGGAAGACCUGGAAUCGGAUUUAUUCUGCCUAAAACGAGAGUUGGUCUUGACGUUGGAUGAGAAUCAAUUACUAAAAAUAAAAAUUCGGAAGCUCCAGCAUGAAUUGCAAAGGAAGGAUAAGCAAAUAGAGCACCUUUUGAACCCUCGCAAAGGCUAUGAAUUUAAGAGUGUGCUGUACGAAGAUGUCAUUCUGAAACUCCAAGAUCGCAUAAAAGCAUUGGAAGAUAUGCUCUAUGAGCAGCAUUUGCAAAAAAAGAAACAUUACAACGAAAUGAAAACUGUACAUUUGUAUACGCAAACCGAUUACAGGAAAAAUAGAAGAGGGCCCAAAGCAUCCACUUUAAAUGAUAAACAGCCAUCAUCAAGUGAACCUAAAACAUCUUCGGCUCAUAUUAUUCCACCUAUCAAUGUUAAAAAUGUGAAUGUAGUCUGCAAAGCGAUAACAAGAAAUAAUCCUCUGAAGUAUGACCAAGAAUUAAUCGGAAGAAGACCUCAAAGAAAUCUCUCGAGGAGUACAAUUAGUAGGACUAGUUUAGAGGAAAAAUCAUUACAAAAAUAUCGACGUUCAAACGAAAUAUGUUCAGAGUCAUCCAGAUUCAUGAAUGCAAUGAAUAAUCUGAAGAAAUCACAAAGCAUUGAUAAAUGUAUUAUUCUUUCCAGAAAUUCUGAAGUUUUACGCCUCGCAGGAGAGCUUAAAGAUACUAAGGAGAAGCUCAAGAUCGGUAAAGAGAAACCAUUAUCGAUUAGAGAGCAACCGUAUUGUCAAAAAUCGUUUCGUCACUUUUCACCUCUAAGUGGUCGUGGAUUAGCUUUAAACAGCAAACAAAAAAUCAGUGAUUCGGUAAUUGACACAAAUCGUCUAACAUCUAAAGUGGUCACCAAAGGAAGUGGCUGUGAAGGUUCUCCAUUUUCUCGAACAAAACACAUUAAAGACGCCAAUGUUACUUGCGACAGUAACAAAUCAUUUAACUUUCUUAAUGAAUGUCAACUUUUGAAAUUGGAAGCGGUUCAGGAGCAAACUGAAGAAUCGCUUUCUGAUUCCGUCAUUAAAGAUUGCCCUGAGAGGACUGUUUACAAAAAAGUUGAACCACAACUGAGAAUAAAUCCUAAGACGAAAAUCGAAUACGUCUUCGAUUCAGAAGUUAGUUCCGACGGGGAAGAUAUAUGUUUGACCAACAACUUGAGAAACUUUCUUCAACAAGUUGCAAUAACACAAUCGAGUGAUGGUGAAAAUGGUAAUUCGCUUAUCUGAAACUAUCAUUUUCUACAUAAUGUAAAACGAUUUUCUAUUGUUUUAUUUGUUAUACGCAUAUUUUUUAAAGAAUUUAUAUUUUGAGUAUAUUUAUCGUACGAUAUUAUAUAAUUUGUGUAUGUUGAUGUACGCCAUACUAGAAUGUUUUGUGUACUUAAAUUACAGCACUGAACACACUCAAAGAUUAAGAUAUAAUAAUUUUAAUUCUUGAGCAUCACUUUACAGAGAGUAAAUAAAUAACUUCUUAUAAAAAAAAAAUAUUUACACAUUAAUAAAUAAGUAAAAGUAUACCAAAACUUACAGCAUGUUAAUAGUUUUUUCAUUACAAUCUAAAGACCUAAAUAUCGCGA